GGGUUGGCACUGGAGCUUCUCAGAAGCAGAAGAAGGUGAGUGGAGGAGGAGCGGAGGAGGAGGGGGAGGGAAGCAUGUCUCUCCACACAGGAUGACCAAAGCUAUGCCGUACAAGGCUCCUCCGGGGGGACUGCAGUUUGUGCCCCCAGUAAGGGGCCCUCAUAACGGACUACAGAACGGAGAGGUGGACCCUGACCUGUACAGGGCAGCAGCCAGGACACACAGACUGCCCCAGGACACGGUAGAGAUGGUGAUGGGGGGCGUGGAGACCACCGGGACACCACUGGUCAAUGAACUAGGUAAGUGAUGCGCUCUGAAUGGAAUAUAUACCUUAUUAUAGAUAGUAGGGCCAUGAGUUUGUCCUGGCCAAGUGACCUGGCCAGAAAACAUUCAGGGCCCUAGCUAUUGAUUGAAUGAACAUGUGCAGUGAACUAUAGGAUUUCUAGUAGGAUUGAUAGACAGAGGGAGAGAUAGACGGAACAUUUACAUCACAGCUUGAGGUGAUGCUGGUUUGUUCAGUCAGCUUGCUAUCUUGCCAAUAUGCCAGCCAAAGCUAGCUUACAUAAUAGCCCAGUGGAAAUGACAUUGUUAUAUUGUUGUUGUCAUUUUGGUUUUCACUCAAUUCCGAUUCAAUGUAGUUUUGUUCUCUAUUGAAUUACAGUGAUUCCAGUGGGAUGGGAAUAUUCAUUUGAAAUGGAAACGCAUUGUAUCCUGGACAGUUAGCUACAUGCCAUGGUGGAUUUGGUAAACCAGGUUGUAUCUCUGCAGAGUACCAGAUGUAUAAAAUGUAGAUGAGACUGCCAGAGGAUGCCUCUGUGACCUACAGUUGAAUACAUGCUCUGUGAGGUCCUUAUGGCUCAGUAUUGUACUACUGACAGUGGUGAUAAGGACAGUGAAUUCCACUCCUGGGUCACAGUCCAAGACUAGCCUCAUUGAGUUAAUGAUUAUAUUUAUAAAGUCCUUUCCACCUCUGCCAGGGUCAAAUCACAAUGUGUGGGGGCUGUUUGUCAUCACAUUGAUAGUUAGAUUAUUUUACAAAUGUCUGGAUAGACUGGAUGUUUGUCAGUGGUAGUAUUUUGCCCUCUUAUUAUGAUUUUGUUUUAGUCCAACCUCAUACCCAAGCAAAUCAGUACCAUGUGGCAAAUUGAACACAUUACAGCAUACUGAUGAUCUACUGAAGGCAGUUAAUUGCCACAUUACAACAGUGUGUUACACUAUACAACUUGAAACACAGUACUAUUGUACACCUCAUAUUUAUGUUAGGUGUGAAUCAUGUUCAGUAAUGCAUUUUAUUGUUACUGUUAGUUCUCUAUUAGCACUCAGGAUAAGCUGGAGCCCUAGGCCACGGGAGAGCUUUGAAGAUGUUGAACAAUGUUCGGUUAUCUGACUAGAACAAGAGAUGGGAAGUCACUGCAUUUAUUUGCAUCAAACUACGAAGACAAGCCAAAAGCAGGCAUGCUUGUAUUACACUUGCACAGAGAUUUUCGCAGAGCACAUAUUUGUCUCAAACCCUUGUAAAAAGCUUAACAAAUAUGUGCGUUUCCACAGAAACCCUUUGUGUGUUUCCACAGACAAUACGCUGUAUGGCGUGACUCAUUUUACACCUAUUGUUUUCCUCUCCAGAGUCACUAGACCCCAGCUGAAAGACACAGCAAUGGGCUCACAACUAUCUACCUUUGCUUUGCAGCUGAAAGGCACAGCAAUGGGCUCAUAAAUGUCACCCGUUUCAGGAAGCUAGGCGUAUGUCGUACGUCACUACUUCACAGGAGAGGCAUUUGAACGUAAUCGUUUUAUUUUGAUCAAAAUAUGUUUUGGGGCAGAAAUGCCUUCUGGAAUAUGUGAACUUUCAUGUGUCUUAAAUACAAAUAAAAUUGUUAAAUUACGAGCCUAGUUGGUUUAGCCACGGAAAAAGACAGGAACCUUCCUGCUAGCCAUGAUUGGCUGAGAUAAUGGAUGGGCUGGACAUGCCAAGAGAUGAGUUCGGAUUGGUCUGCCAUGUAGCAUGUUUCUGUCAAUAACAUGAGCUAAUCAGUAAGUGUAGAUAAUCCUUCCUACCGCAGAUUUUUUGAAAGAUAAAACAUUAGCCACAGAGAACUGCAAAAGUGUUGCUACUGCUCUCAACAACAUUGCUGCCCUGAAUUUAGCAGAUCAGUGGGGAAAAGUUGUGAUGGACUACUUUCUGCACACGGUCAGUGUGAACCGGAGUGACUUGACACAACGCGGGCCAAACAAGUUGUACAAACAAAAUGGUCAGCUAAAGGGGUUCCAGACUGCUAUGAAGCAUUCAUCCAUGUUUACGGGUAAGAGUUAGCUACAUUUUCAGAUAUUAUAUGUUUCUAAUUUUGUCAGAAAGUCAUUUUCAUUGCAAGUUAAAGCGUACUGUUAGCUAGCUAACGAACGUUAACUUGCUGGCUUGCUAGCUAAUGUUGUGUGUAUGAUCUGUGUAGUAAUAUUAUUUGUAUCUCAGAAAGCAUUUUGCAUUGGUAGUUGUAGCAUAAUGUUAGCUAGCUAGCUAACAUUGAACCUAGUUGGUUAGCUUUAGCUACCUGCAGAUUCAUACUACAGCAUUUCAUGCAUGGUGGCUAGCUAUGUCAAUCAGUUUGUAUUGCUAGUAGUAUGGGUUGGGAUUAUGGUUCAUUGUUUAGCUAGCUACCUACAUGUCUAAACAAAAGACUCCAUGUGGUAAGGUCCUCUGUAGCUCAAUUGGUAGAGCAUGGCGCUUGUAACGCCAGGGUAGUGGGUUCGAUCCCCGGGACCACCCAUACUUAAAAAUGUAUGCGCACAUGACUGUAAGUCGCUUUGGAUAAAAGCGUCUGCUAAAUGGCAUAUUAUUUAUUAUUAUUAUUACAUGUCUAGACAAUAGUGACCCAUCCACUUAGCUAGAUGUGGCUGGGGGGUGGUUAUAGCAUUUCUUUCACAUGACCCAUCAAUUUAGACAAGUGUGUCUCGGAAGCAUCAUCUAAUAAUUAUAACUAAUACAUUUUUAUCUGGACAUGUUAUAUUUUUGAUAUUGCUACUAUGCAAUUAUGCAAGUAACCAUUUCACUGUACCGUUUACAGCUUUGUAUCCUGUGCGUGUGACAAAUAAACUUUGAUUUUGUUUGAUAUAGUGUGUGUUUACCAGAGACGGUAAUGUGAACAACUACAUGACCUGCACCAAAGUCAGAUUAGGAUAUAGGCAAAGGACUAGAAAGUGUAUUGUUACCUGGAGUUUUUCCUUAUUGUAGGCUACUACAUUCACCAUUUUUAAUCUUGAAAUCUUUGGUUGUUUACUACAAGACCUUACUCACUCUGUUUAGAACAUGGCCUCACAUGUGAAUACCUAAAGUGAUGGGUGGGGCUAAGGCUUAAGAGGGUGUGAACGAUGAUGAAUAGGUGUAGACAAAGAAGAGCUCUCCAGUAGGUGUACCAAAACAUUCAAGGGCCAUUUCCUCAAAAGUGGGGUUACAAGUUUAUCAACUUUCAAAGCAGAAUUACUUUCCCAUUGUUCCUCAACUGCAGUGUAUGAUAUACCAUUUGGUAGCUCUGAAUCACUACUUUUAUCCAAUGUAAAAAACACAAUUUCAAAUUUUGCAACAUAAGAACGAAUCGAGGUGGUCGGUCCCAAAUUAGCUACAGUCCCUUUUGCUUUGCAUUAUCGUCUCUACCUCUGUCUAUCAUGAAAGCGGGACAGGGUUGAGGCUUUAAUGUUGUCAAUCUAUGUAAAUCCACUAUACAGAUCCAUUAGUGUCACUUUGCCUUUAUUGAAACAUUUGCCUCAAAAUGGUCCCAUCGCAAUGAGUGUAAUAGUUUAUUGGUCGGGUGAUAACAUUGUGACCUAUGAUGUCUAAUGUCACGAGAUGACAGAGGAGAAAUGUCUGUCACGCUUACAGCUGGCCUUGCAUUAUAAUAUCUGGCUGGGGUCUGGGGACUCUGAAAGGUCUACCCCUGAGGGAUCAAACCAAGGUUUGAACACGGUUUGCCAGCAUUUACGCUCUAGCUCUUUUUCUCAUGGUCAAAUCAGAUCAUAGAAUACUUGUGCUGAUACAUUUGUUGUUAUAAAAUAUAUUUGUAGAAAUAGAAUAAAUGAUCAUUGUAGUUGGUAAUUUCUCAAUGGGUCAAGUUAUGUUUGCCUUGGUCAGUAACUGAAUGUUGGUCCCUGUUUGGUCCUCUGUGCUCAGUAGUGCUCAGCCGUGCUCAGUAGUGCUCAGUAGUGCUCAGCCGUGCUCAGUAGUGCUCAGUAGCUGUUUUAUGUUGUCUUGUAAACAAGAUGAGCCGCCUUGUCUCUCUCUGAGGAUCAUGGUCUUGCAUUUGAAUGUUGUCACAUCCAUAGUUUACCCCAGACUGGGGCCUUGGUGUGAAUCCAUUCUCUCUGCUCAUUUGCAGUCAUGCCUCUUUCAUUGUCUGAGAGACUAAUAGAAUCAAGAUGGGGUUUGAUUCAAUAGUUAUGAUACGCUGACAGGAGCAGCAUGCAAAAUGAGGAUGAUGUUACCCAAUGACAAAGAAAAUUGAUAUAGCCUUCUCACUCUUUCAAGGGAGUAUUUUAAUAGACAACUAUUGACAUGCAAACAGAGCAAUAUAGGUGACCAUGUUUUUUUGGAUAUCAGUAAUGCACAUCCCAGCUCCACAGCAGUUGUUAAAAUAUUAUUUGCAUGUCUAUUGUGUCACUAGCUGAGCUGGCACUUACAGUACUACUGUAUGCACAAAAGCUGUCUCUGAAUAAGUCUUCCAGUGAAGAGGCUCAAGUACACCCCUUGAGAUGCACCAUGUCGUUUUCCAGGAAAGUCUCUCUAAAGUAGGGUACACUGCUCUGACUCCUAAUGGGUCCUCAGCUCAUCAUUCACUCUGCUCAUCAUUCACUCUGCUCAUCAUUCACUCAGCUCAUCAUUCACUCUGCUCAUCAUUCACUCUGCUCAUCAUUCACUCUGCUCAUCAUUCACUCUGCUCAUCAUUCACUCUGCUCCAUAUGUUCCAACAGGCUCCACACUCUCCAACGGUGAGAUGAAUCUGCACAGUUCUGUGAAGAGGAAGCUUGGAGAGGACAAAGGCUACGUGUUCGACAAGCGGCUGAGGUACAACGUGCGGCAGAACGAGUCCAACUGUCGAUUCCGUGACAUUGUUGUCAGGAAGGAGGAGGGUUUCACGCACGUACUGCUCUCCAGCCAGACAUCUGACAACAACGCACUAACACCAGAGGUAGGGGAUACGAUACACAAUCACUCAUGAAUGUACGCACACACAACAACAACAAACAUAGGUAACAGCUUUGACACACAGAAA